AUGUUAACCCCGGCCUUACUCGCCCGUCUGUACCUGCUGGACCGGCAACGGUGUUUGGGAGCGGGUAGGGGGCACCCGCCAGCGGCGCUGACUGGGGGAAGUGGUUGGGCAGUGCCAACAGGUCGUCGAGACGGAUUAGUUUCACUGGCAUCUGAUGCAGAAAGCAUACCUGGUCCUAAAGACUCCAUUGAUGACCAAAUCAAGAAGUUUGCUAACAAAGGUCUUAGCAUUGAAGAUCUUGUUACCCUUGUAGGAGGACAUACGAUUGGGACAGCUGGCUGUGUCACAUACAACUACAACAAUACUAAUGCACCCGACCCUGCUAUUGACCAAGGAUUCCUUCCCCAUCUUCAAACCCUAUGUCCUCUUAGCGGUGAUCUUAAAAGGCGAGUGGCCUUGGAUACAAACAGCGAAAACAAUUUCUACAACUCAUUCUAUGAAAACAUAAGGCGUGGACGAGGAGUACUUGAAUCCGAUUCAAAGCUGUGGAGUGACCCACUAACACAAAGGUUUGCGCAACCGUUUAUUGGAGCUAGCAGAUCGCAUGGAUCGACAUUCAACAAGAUGUUCGCGAUAGCAAUGGUGAAGAUGAGUAAAAUUGAGUUAAAGACAUGUAAUCAAGGAGAAAUUCGUAGGGUUUGUAAUAGAAUUAAUUAACUGAUAUGAAGACUCAAGGCGAGUGGUAUA